AUGCUUCCGGCUCCGGCAGCUGUGGCCUGCGUCAUCGUUUUCCUCUCUGUCCACGCCACUUUGGCAGGCUGGGAUUUGGAGGGCGUGUCGGCAGCCUGUUUGAGCUGGAUUCAGAGAAGAUCAGAGAAGUUGAAGAAGCCGGAGUUGCAAGAUCGGCUCAUGGAAGAUGCCAUGAAGAAGAUGAUGAUGGAACACUACCAGCAAGUUCUAAGAUACGUGUCGCACUUCGCGGUGGUCUCCGUCGUGAUUCACGCGUACCGCUUGCAGCAGCAGCCGGACGUUGCCUCCAUAGUCCAGUUUUUGGUGGUCUUCAUGCAAUAUCUAGCCGCCUGCUGGCUGGCGAGAUGGAAUGUCUCUUUCCAAACGCUUCGAUUGCUCAAUGUCCUCUCUCAUGUUGGUCACGCCUCCUACGUCAUCAACAUUCACUUAUUUGCAGAGGAAGCGGAUUACAAUUUCCACUCGGUUUACUCGGGGGCCGUCCGCAUCUUUGUGGGUGCCCUCAUUCACGACCCGCCGCUGAUCAUCCCAUGCUUCCAGCGAGUCUUGCGAAGUGUCUGCGAUGCGGACGUGCUGCUGGAUGAUGGUUUCAAAAUCGUCGGGGAUAACACUCGCCUGAGACGCGUCCUCGCGACGCCCACCGAUCUUCAAGGCGUGAAGUUUACCGACCUACUCGACCAGGACGGAAAAACGGAGUUCGAGAAAUUCGUCCGGAAAUCAUGCAGCGCAAGCCAAAGUCCCCGCCAGAAGGAGGAAAAGGAGAACAGUUGCAGCAUUCCCCCGUGCUUGCGCGUCUCACUGCCUAGUGCGUAUUCCCGGGUUGGCGUGGAUAUUUUCCAUGUUCCCGUGCCACGCUUUUUGGAUGCUGCAGGGCCUCUUCACCUUCUGGCGUUUACGGAAGACUCAGAUACGAGGAUACAGCCGGAUGCAACUCUCGGAGCGAUUCCAGAAGCGCUCUCGGUGUACUCGGAAGCGGAUGAUGUUCAGGACCUAACCCCUAAACCCUAA